CGGGGACCGGCCCUCGCCCUCCUCCCUCGCCGGCCGGGGCCAGCGGGGCGGCCGCUCCGGCGGGACGGCGCCUCGGGGAGCCCAUUCGGCCCGCGGGAGCGCCCGGACCCCGCGGCGCUGCUCCGGGAGCCGAGGCCGCCUGGUCACCUGGAAAGAUCCGGCUGCGAGGCAGCGCGAGGAGGAUGUGAGGGGCCGGUUGGGAGCGAGGACUAGGGACAGGAGCAGGGGACAAGGCAGGUCACAGCAGAACUGGGAAACCAGAGGUUUUGGAACAUUUUAGUGUAAUUUUUUGGAGGAUGCUUUUGCAGUUCUGCUCGAAUGCUUGGUGUAGGAGUGAAACUGAGCCCCUGGCAGACAGACGUUGGAUGCCAUCGGUCCUCCCAGCGUAUCACGUGCUUUUUCUUACCCUGAGGGCUAUCCCGUCCCCAUGGGACUUAAAGAAAACAGGAUGUGACUUUAUUUUUCCUGCUGUUACACAGCUUUUCUGUUUGCAAUUUGCCUUGAACCCGUUGGCUUUCUGGGAAGGCGCAGGAGAGGGAUGUCAAAGAGUCUGAAACCCUCUGCGCUGCCCCUUGCUUCGUUCCCGCUCCGGAGCGCUUCGGCCAGGGCUCGGCGGGCUCGCGGCGCGGCGGGGAGCAGGCUGGUGCUGCGGGAUGAGCCGCGGCCGAGGGGCGGCAGGUCGCUGCGGGGAGCGCCGCGGACACGCGCCGUCGCUUCACCUCCCGGCGGAGGGGCGGAAAUUCGUGUGAGGCGGCGGUGGAGGAGGGUUGAGGCGUGGCUGGAGGUUGAGUUUGUCUUUCCAAACGGAGGGAGAGAAGGCAGCAGCCUCUGCGGAUCAGGCUGUCGCUGCUGGGAAGCAGAGAGAGGGCCGAGGAGGCUGCUGCGAGUGAUCCCGGCGGCGCUGCGGGACGGGCUUUACCGUCUCCGUUUCUAAGUGAUGGCGCUGCCUUUACGGAGACUCGCCUGCGACCCGACAGACCGGUGUCCUGCGGAGCUUUUCCUGCUUCUCAGACCAAGUUUUGUAACUGCUUUGCUCCGCCCUGUGACUCCCCGCUAAAUUCAGCCCUUCUCAUUUCCCACAGCCCUUCCCAUCUCCUCGCUGGAGUCAGCCCUGCCUACGGCUUGUGUCCUCAUGGACGUGUCCGGAGAGCUUUGCAGGCUGAUGGUUCAAAACCGGCUGCUGAGGAAGGCACGGCCCCGGGAUGCCACCGCGUCCCGGCUCACGCGGGCAGGGCAGCGGAGCGGUUGCUUCGGGGCCGCCCCUGCGGCGCGGUGCGUCUCCCGUCCGGAUGUCACAGCGUUUUCUUUCCUCUCAGGAGCUUCGCGGUAGCCCCCUCCCGGAGAUGCCCGUGACGCCCUGAGGCACCAUGCUCUUCACCGCCUAUGCCGCCUUCGCCGUCCUCUUGGCCGUGUGCUUGGGCUUGGAGUUCUCCGCCUGCCGCUCCAAGCUCACCGGCAGCGCGUGCACCAACCCAGCUUUCCUCCAGUUCCAGCGGGACUACUACCAGGUGUAUUUCCUGGCUCUGGCCGCCGACUGGCUGCAGGGCCCCUACCUCUACAAACUCUACCAGCACUACCGCUUCCUGGAGGGGCAGAUUGCCAUCAUCUACGUGUGUGGCUUUGCCUCCAGCGUCCUCUUCGGGCUGGUCUCUACGUCCCUGGUGGACUGGCUGGGCCGGAAGAAAUCCUGCAUCCUCUUUUCUUUGACCUACUCCAUCUGCUGCCUCACCAAGCUCUCCUGGGAUUACUUUGUCCUGGUGGUCGGGAGGAUAUUAGGUGGCUUGUCCACAGCGCUGCUGUUCUCCGCCUUUGAGGCAUGGUAUGUCCAUGAGCACGUGGAACGCUACGACUUCCCGGCGGAAUGGAUCCCCGCCACCUUCUCGCGAGCUGCUUUCUGGAACAAUGUCAUUGCCGUCGGGGCUGGGGUAGUAGCCAACUUCUUUGCGGAGUGGCUGGGCUUGGGCCCAGUGGCCCCAUUCAUGGUCUCCAUCCCCCUCCUCAUGUUGACGGGCAUCUUUGCCAUGAAAAACUGGGACGAGAACUAUGGGAAGAAGCGGGCGCUCUCCAAGACCUGCAUGGAUGGCUUGAAGUGCCUCCUCUCGGACCGGCGUGUCCUGCUCCUGGGCACCAUCCAGGCUUUGUUUGAGAGUGUCAUCUACAUCUUCAUCUUCUUGUGGACACCUGUGCUGGAUCCUCACGGCCCACCCUUGGGCAUUGUCUUCUCCAGCUUCAUGGCAGCGAGCAUGGUGGGCUCUUCUCUCUAUCGAAUUGCCAUCUCCAAAAGGUACCACCUCCAGCCCAUCCACAUCCUCUCACUCUCUGUCCUUAUGGUUUUCUUCUCCCUCUUCAUGCUCACUUUCUCCACCAACCCUGGCCAAGAGAGCCCUUCUGAGUCCUUCCUGGCUUUCCUGCUCAUCGAGCUCUCCUGUGGGCUCUACUUCCCUGCCAUGGGCUUCCUCCGGCGGAAGGUGAUUCCGGAGAAGGACCAGGUCGGGGUGAUGAACUGGUUCCGCAUCCCCCUGAACCUGCUGGCCUGUCUCGGCAUGCUCAUCCUCCAUGACAGCGACUACAAGACGGGCACCAGGAACAUGUUCACCAUCUGCUCCGUGAUGAUGGUGAUGGCGCUGCUUGCUGUCGUCAGCCUCUUCACUGUCGUCCGCAACAACGCAGAGCUCCGGGUGCCCGCUCCGCAGGGACAGACGGACCCGUCUUCCCCCGAGCUCUGACGAGCCGCUGGACCGCAAAGUCGGCGCCUUUGCGAGAUUGCCUGUGAGUUUGGGGGACCGAGUGCUGCCUGCAGCAUGUCAGACCCCGAGACUCCUGCCCUGCAGGUGGAAGAGGGUCCGUGGAGCCCUGGCGAGGCGAAGCGACUGUGACCGGUCGAUGCUCGCUGUAGAAACACCAUCACACGUGACAACAGCACAAGUGAACCCCUGGCUGACUGGUGAUUCCCAGAGCAUCCCAACCGCAGCUGCCUCCCUCGCGUCUUCUCUUGUGCAACUGCCGAACGCCCGAGGCGGCAGGGGAGGCUGUCGCAGCGGGUGAAGUACUGCAAACGCCGGCUGCUCAGCGCUGGACUCCUCGGAUAGCCGGAGGCGAGCGCAGGGAUGAGGCGCUGCCGGGCGCCGGAUGCGUUACCCCUGGCUGCUCCGCGCACUGAGCCCGGCAGCCCUCUCUGGUGUUUUUUUUUUUUUUAAGAAAAUAAAAGUGUUUCCUCGGA